AUGCAGGAGCGCUCAAACUUAUGUUAUGCUCGGUCUCAACAGAUAUUCUGGGCCACCAUGUCGUGCCUUCGUUAUUGCAUAGUUUUAACGUUUGUUUUUUCUCCAAUUUCGACUUUAUGUCUUGAAACAUUUGAAAAAAUAGAUAAUUAUCAUGAAUGUGUGCGUCCUUGCUCCGACAAAUCAUCUUCAAAAAGAACAUGCGUCUAUCGUUUCUUUAUCACGGAAUCGCACGUCACAACAAGCAGUUUCUACGACAAAUCUGAGGGAAGCGGCGAAAAUAUUACCGUGCGAUCAAUAAGGAGCUUUUUGGCGAUUAACGGGAAAAGUCCAGGACCGGCUAUACAAAUUUGUCUCGGUGAUACGAUAGAGGUUCUCGUUUAUAACAAGUUGGGAAGUGACGAAUUGGCUUUCCAUUGGCAUGGAAUCCGGCAAAAGGAUUCCAAUUACAUGGACGGGGUGCCUAUGAUAACGCAGUGCCCUAUCUUACCCUUCGGUGGCUUUCGUUACAAGAUAAUUCCCGAGAGCACGGGAACGUACUUUUAUCACGCUCAUUCAGUCUCGCAGCAGGGCGACGGGGUGUACGGGUCGUUGGUAGUUCGAGGACUGCGGGACGAGGAUCUCAGUCUAGAAAGGACGCUCGUCCUGUCAUCAAGGUCGUCGGUUCCAUUGACGCGACUCCGACAUGCAAGCCUUUCGCCACCUACGCCGGACGAGCUCCUUGUAAAUGGCCAGGCGCGGCAAGUGGUUGUGCGAGUGAAGCAUGGAUCUCGCUAUUUACUACGCCUCAUUAAUGCAAAUGCUCACGAUUGUCCCAUUUUAUUAUCCAUCCAUGGACAUUCGCUUCAAAUACUUGCUGCUGAUGGCAACCCUGUACAAUCGAUGAUGGGCAUGCAUGUCGUUUUAUUUCCAGGCGAGAGACUCGAUGGUAUUCUAAUGGCUGAACAGGCAAUCGGCAAGUACGCCUUCGAUAUUCAGGGUCUUCGGGAAUGUCGCAAUUUACAUCAAGAAGCAUAUAUUUUUUACGAAAAUGCCGCUCUUGAUUCAUACACGAUAAGGACUACAACCGAUAAUAACUUUGACGAACAGUCAUUUAAAAUCGCAGAAAAUGGCCAUCACUGUCAUAGAAUAUUAAAAAAUGUCAUUUGUUCUUUGGAUUUGAAGAAUGCAAAAUUAUCGCAAUUGAAGGAAAAAGCAGAUGAAACGAUCUAUGUACCCUUCGACGCAAACACUUUCUCAUUUUUUACAGAUGAAAUGACAGACAAUUCCUACAAUUUUUAUAUAUCGAGAUAUUAUCCAGCGUACUUAAGCUUGCAAAAAGGCGCGAUAAGGAUACCGCAGAUUAAUGGCAUGUCUUUCAAAUAUCCGCCAUCUCCGAUACUAUCGCAACCAGAAAAUACCUUGGAAAAAUCGGUUUGUUCUCUUGACAAACGCUCUAAGGAAUGUGCCGAUACACUGUUAUUUUGCGAGUGUUUGCAAUUACUCCAAGUUCCACCUCGAAAAACAAUUGAAAUUAUAUUAAUAAACAAAGGUUUUGGAGGCAAUGCAUCCUAUACGUUUCAUUUACAUGGUUACAAUGCCAGUAUUGUUGCCCGAGAAAGUUUUGAGCAACCUCUUACCAAAGAUGAUAUUAUAUCUUUGGAUCUUAAUGGAAAAAUACAUCGAAAUCUUGUGAAUCCGGUGCAAAAAGAUACUUUUGUCGUACCGAAUAGAGGAUAUACCAUUCUUCGUUUUUACACCGACAAUUUAGGAUAUUGGCUGUGGGAAGCGAGAAGUACUGCUGUAUAUCCUCCAUUACUCGGGCCUGGAUUGCAAUUCUUAAUGAGAGUAGGUCUUCAGCGAAACUUGCCGCUUGUACCGAUCAACUUUCCUAGUUGCGGCAAUAACAAAGGCAUAGAUUUGAUUUUUGAGAGCUGA